UUGUUGGAAAUGGUUUUCGUGGGGGAGGGUUUUCGUCGGGUGGGGGGCGUUGUUUUACAUUUAUAGGGAAUUCACUCACCGCGCACAGCACCUCCCGCUUCUCUCCUCCUCGAUUUCUCUCGGGUUUUCCUCUCCCAUUCGAGCCAGCUUCGUCCCCUUCCUCUUCGUCGCCAUCCACCGCCAAAGUCGAGCCCCUACUUGGGCUUCGUCGCCAUCUCCGACUUCCUGUGAGUCGCCAUCCACCGCCGAAGAAGACCAUCUCCGACUUCCAUCCACCGCCAUCCAUCUUCGGCUUGGGCUUCGUCACCAUCUCCACAGAAGACCAGCUCUGACUUCGUUAUCGUCGCCAUCUCCGCAGAAGACCAUCUUCGAUUUUGAGUUUCAGACCACCGUCGCAUCUUCAUCUUCUUCCACGCGAGCGAUCUUCGUGUUCGCCAUCUCCGCCGAAGUCGACCUCCGAUUCCGACUUGUAGACCGCCGUUCAUCCUCGUCGCCAUCUUCGUCCACGAACUUGCUACUCACAUUUUUCAUAUCAUUUGGCUGUAAAGUUGCAACCAGAGGUGAACUCGUCUCUGAUGAGUGAAAAGCUUGAUAUGUUAUGUAAAGCUCUGGAUUGUGGAAUUGAAGAUGUCUCGGAGGUACGACAGCCGUACAACGAUCUUCUCUCCAGAAGGUCGUCUAUACCAGGUUGAGUAUGCUAUGGAAGCCAUUGGAAAUGCUGGGACUGCUAUUGGCAUACUGUCAAAAGAUGGGGUUGUACUAGUUGGGGAAAAGAAAGUCACUUCUAAACUCCUACAGACUUCCACAUCUACUGAGAAGAUGUACAAGAUUGAUGACCAUGUUGCAUGUGCUGUGGCUGGAAUCAUGUCUGAUGCCAACAUUCUUAUCAACACAGCCAGGGUCCAAGCACAGCGUUAUACUUUUGCGUAUCAGGAGCCAAUGCCAGUUGAACAGCUAGUGCAAUCUCUUUGCGACACCAAGCAAGGAUACACGCAGUUUGGUGGGCUUCGUCCAUUUGGUGUUUCAUUUCUGUUUGCAGGCUGGGAUAAGAACUAUGGCUUCCAGCUUUACAUGAGUGACCCUAGUGGAAAUUAUGGUGGUUGGAAGGCUGCAGCUAUCGGUGCAAACAACCAGGCUGCACAGUCGAUGCUUAAGCAGGAUUACAAGGAUGAUAUCACAAGAGAAGAGGCAGUACAGCUAGCUCUCAAGGUGCUUAGUAAGACUAUGGACAGCACAAGCCUUACGUCUGAUAAACUUGAGCUGGCUGAGGUAUUCCUCUCUUCUGGGAAAGUGAAAUACCAGGUGAGCUCGCCAGAGUCCCUCAGUAAGUUGCUGUUGAGCUUCGGGUUGACCCAACCUGCGGCUGAGACCAGCUAAAUUGAUGUAUGUGAAGUCGGACCUAGUUCCUGCACUAUUUUGAGUUUUAACUGCCCUUUGUCAAGUUGUGUACUCUUUGUUUGGCUUAUUUUUUCUCUUAAACAGAAUGAUGGUUUCAUGUGCUACAAUUGCCUUUCGUGUUGGGAAGCAGAAACUUUAUUGCCAAAUGUCUUGAAGCGAUUAAAGCCGGCUUAA